GUGGAUUCAAGCUCCUCCAUGAACGAGACAUGCUAUGAUUCCGAAGACAACAUGACACGGUUGGAUGCUGUUAAACAGCUCUUUGAUAACUUUGCAACUAGAAGCAUGGCGUACAAUUUUCAUCAUGUCAUUGGCUUGGUGAAGUUUGACUCAUCAGUUAAAACUCUCCACACAUUUACAGAGACUCUGGAGACCUUCAUGCUAAAUAUAUUUUCUCAUUUCUGUUUUAUGAAUGCAAAAUAGCGAUGGGGGUGAUUUCAAUGAGAUCCAUUCAAGUACUGUACUGAGAUCACAUACGUACUCCCCUCAAUCUUGUCUUAAAGACUGAAACUGAGACUCAGCUAUAUGAUGUUGCCUCGAGCAGCACUGUACAUGUUACAGAGGAGCGUGAUGCACUACGAUGCACUCAGAGGAUCUGCAUGUGUAUGGAGGCGCUUCAAAUUGUCUCCAUGUUGUAGUUUUAUGUGUGCGUUGCUGAUGCUACUGCUCAAUCAGGGAUUUUGUGGCAUUCAUGAUAUCAUUCUUUAGCAUGCAUCUGCAAACCUCACAAUAUUAGAGAUAUUAGUAGAUAUUUUUGGCACUUACAGGAACACGUACACAAUCUGGAGGCCAAUGGAUGCACUGUGCUGUAUGAUGCCUUGAAACGUGGCAUGUCUGAAACAAGUUGGAGAGCAAUUUCCAGACUGCAGACUUCGCAUCAUAUGUCUCACAGAUGGGAAUGAUGAUGGAUCAAUGACCGAACCAGAUGCUGUCACAACCAAACUGAUGAGCCUGAACAUUGUUGUUGAUGCCAUCGUUGUUGGAAAGGUGGACAACAACGUGCUGCGUGGAAUCAGCAAUGCAGCAGGAGGGUGUUGUUUCAAACCAGAGACGAGUAAAGCUGGUCUGAAGCUUUUUGAAAUGGAAACUGUUCUGUCUUUGGAGAUGAGGAAGCUGAAGAAGAAACUGGAUCCAUCCAACAUUAGGAACGAGAGCAUUCUAGUUGCUCUCUUCGCCAACCGGGGUUAUGACGAGAAGCCAGAGGUUUCUCUGCCAAGUGGACUAAACCAUAAAGUGACUGGGACAGAGAAUGCAUUGAAAAAGAAGAUCCAGGAAUCCAAGAGCGGACGCUUUUUGGAGAAGGACAAACGCCUUCUGGAAGAGCUGAAGAGCCUGCACUGUGACCCACACCCAUUCUGCACUGUUCUGCCUUCAGAGUCAGACUUCACGUUUUGGAAGAUUCUCAUGCAAGGCCCUCCUGAUACACCUUAUGAGGAUGGAGUCUUUGAGCUGUACUGUCAGUUUGGAGCUGACUACCCAGUCAAACCUCCGCUUGUGCGCUUUGUCACACCUGUGUACCACUGCAACAUAAACAGUGUGGGUCGUAUCUGCCACAACAUAUUUGACCGCAACUACAACGCUCACACAACCAUGAGAGAGAUCUUGGAUGCUGUAUAUGGACUGCUCAUCGUUCCUGAACCCCAAGAUCCACUGGACAGUAUUUUGGCAGAGGAAUACCUGACCAGCAGAAACAAGUAUGAAGAAGAGGCCAAGAAGAACACAGAGGAAGUUGCUGGCCAGUCAUUGGAUGACAUGGAGAAGGAAUUGUUGGGUGAAGAGUUGACUGAGAAGUUCAUACCCUCACACUUGAUUUGUCCACUAACCAACAAGAUGUUUGUUGACCCAGUGAAGAACCAGGAUGGAACAGUGUACGAGCGAAAGGCCAUUGAGAAACAUCUGAAGAGGACAUGGCUUGGAACUGAUCCCAAGACAAACAAGUUAAUGACAUUAACUGACCUCAAGCCCUACCAAGACAUGAGAAAAAUGGGGAGGGACUAUCACAAACAGCAAAUUCAGUAGACAGUUUAAUACGCAAUUUGUUAGCCAAAAUGUAGCCUUCCUGCCAUGGGCAUUAAUAUGGAGUUGGUCCCCCUUUUGCUGAUAUAACAUCCUCCAUUCUUCUGGGAAGGCUUUUCAAUAGAUGUUGGAACAUUGCUGCGGGGACUUGCUUCCAUUCAUCCACAAGAGCAUUAGUGAGGUCGAGCACUGAUGUUGGGCGAUUAGGCCUGGCUUGCAAUCAGCAUUCCAAUUCAUCCCAAAGGUGUUCGAUGGGGUUGAGGUCCUAAUCUAUGGAUUUCACAUGACUGGAUGCAGCCAUGGGUGGGACGAUCACACAGGAAGAAGCUGGAUGUGGUCCUUGGCUGGUGUGGUCUGCAGUUGUGAGACCGGUUGGACAUACUGCCAAAUUCUCUAAUACGACAUUUGAGGCAACAUUUUUUUUCUCUGAAGAUCUUUAAGCUUUGUCAGGUCGGAUGGGGAGUGUUGCUGCAUAGCUAUUUUCAGGUCUCUCCAGAGAUAUUUGAUCGGGUGCAAGUCCGGGCAACUCAAGGUCAUUCAGAGACUUGUCCUGCUUUGUCUUGGCUGUGUGCUUAGGGUCUUUGUCCUGUUGGAAGAUUAACCUUCGCCCCAGUCUGAGGUUCUGAGUGCUCUGUGGCAGGUUUCAUCAGGAUCUCUCUCUACUUUGCUCUGUUCAUCUUUCCCCUCGAUCCUGACAAGUCACACAGUCCCUGCCGCUGAAAAACAUUCCCACAGCAUGAUGCUGCCACCACAAUGUUUCACCGUAGGGAUGGUGGCAGGUUUCCUCCAGACAGGACGCUUGGCAUUCAGGCCAAAUAGUUCAGUCUUGGUUUCAUCAGUCCAAAGAAUCUUGUUUAUCAUGGUCUGAGAAUCCUUUAGGUGCAUUUUGGCAAACACCAAGAGGGCUGUCAUACUGAGGAGUGGCUUCCGUCUGACCACUCUACCAUAAAGGACUGAGUGGUGGAGUGCUGCAGAGAUGGUUGUCCUUCUGGAAGAUUCUCCCAUCUCCUCAGAUGAACUCUGAAGCUCUGUCAGAGUGACCAUUGGGUUCUUGGUCACCUCCCUGACCAAGGCCCUUCUCCUCCGAUUGCUGAGUUUGGCCGGGUGGCCAGCUCUUGGAAGAGACUUGGUGUUUCCAAACUUCUUCAAUUUAAGAAUGAUUGAGGCCACUGUGUUCUUGGGGACCAUCAAUGCUGCAGAAAUGUUUUGGUACCCUUCCCCAAUCCUGUCUCUAAGCUCUAUGGACAAUUCCUUCAACCUCAUGGCUUGGUUUUUGCUCUGACAUGCACUGUCAACUCUGGGACCUUAUAUAGACAGGUGUGCGCUUUUCCCAAUCAUGUCCAAACAAUUUAAUUUAUCACAGGUGGACUCCAAAUCAAGUUGUAGAAACAUCUCGAGGAUGAUCAAUGGAAACAGGAUGCAUCGGAGCUCAAUUUCGAGUCUCAUAGCAAAGGGUCUGAACGUAUGUAAAUAAGGUAUUUCUGCUUUUUAUGUCUAAUACAUUUGCAAAAAUGUCUAAAAACGCUUCGUCAUUAUGGGGUAUUAUGUGUAGAUUGCUGAAAAUAAUUUGAUGUACUAUCCAUUUUAGAAUAAGGCUGUAACAUAACAAAAUGUGGAAAUAGUCAAUGGGUUUGAAUACUUUCUGAAGGCACUGUAUGUAUACUGUAGCUCAGAAAGUAAUACGAAGUGUAUGUUGUGUAGUAAGCUGUUAUUAGCCCAUGUGCCUCACCCUAAUAAUUUGGUCCCUUUCUCCUUCAUAACUUAGCCUACUGUUCUGACUUGGUUGUGCACAUGCAGCCUACAGCCUGUUUUAGAGAAAUUACAUCAUUGAAUAUCACUGGGGAAAAUGGCGCCAGGGUGGAUGGUUGACAUUUUACAUGCCCGUAACCAAUGCUGCUAUUUUCUUCAGGUUUUUUUGCGUUUUUUGGGGCUGAAAAUGUUUUCACUUAUUUUGUACAUAAUAUGGCCGCUACCGUCUCUUAUGACCGAAAAUAACUUCUGGACACCACCAUAGUCCCUGUGCCCUAGGAAACGAAGGUAACCUGCCUAAAUGAUUACCGACCCUUAGCACUCACGUCAGUAGCCAUGAAGUACUUUGAAAGGCUGGUCAUGGCUCACAGACCCUCUCCAAUUCCCCAACAGAUCCACAGAUGUAAUCUCGUAAUCUCAAUCGCACUCCACUGCCCUUUCCCACCUGUACAAAAGGAACACCUAUGUGAGAAUGCUGUUCAACACCAUAGUGCCAAUGAAGCUCAUCACUAAGCUAAGGAUCCUGGGACUAAACACCUCCCUCUGCAACUGGAUGCUGGACUUCCUGACUGGCCGCCUCCAGGUGGUAAGGGUAGGCAACAACAUGUCUGCCACACUGAUCCUCAACACUGGGGCCCCUCAGGGGAGUGUACUUAGUCCCUUCCUGUACUCCCUGUUCACCCACGACUACGUGGCCAAACACGACUCCAACACCAUCAUUAAGUUUGCUGACGACACAACAGUGGUAGGCCUGAUCACCGACAACAAUGAGACAGCCUAUAGGGAGGAGGUCAGAGAACUGGCAGUGUGGUGCCAGGACAAAUGUGGGCAAGACAAAGGAGCUGAUCGUGGACUACAGGAAAAGGCAGGCCGAAUAGGCCCCAUUAACAUCAACAGGGCUGUAGUGGAGCGGGUCGGAAGUUUCAAGUUUCUUGGUGUCCACAUCACCAACGAUCUAUCAUGGUCCAAACACACCAAGACAGUUGUGAAGAGGGCACAAUGAAACCUUUUCCUCCUCAGGGGGCUGAAAAGAUUUGGCAUGGGUCCUCAGAUCCUCAAAAAGUUCUACAGCUGCACCAUCGAGAGCAUCCUGACUGGUUGCAUCACCACCUGGUAUGGCAACUGCUCGGCAUCUGACCGUAAGGCGCUACAGAGGGUAGUGCGUACGGUCCAGUACAUCACUGGGGCCAAGCUUCCUGCCAUCCAGGACCUAUAUAAUAGGCGGUGUCAGAGGAAAGCCCAUAAAAUUGUAGACUGUUUCCUCUGCUACCUUACGGCAAGCGGUACCGGAGCGCCAAGUCUAGGACCAAAAGGCUCCUUAACAUCUUCUACGCCCAAGCCGUAAGCUGAACAAUUAAUCAAGUGGCCACCGUACUAUUACAUUGAACCCCCCCCUGCUGCUACUCGCUGUUUAUUAUCUAUGCAUAGUCACUUCACCCCUACCUACAUGUACAAAUGACCUCUAACCUAUACCCCCGCACACUGACUCGGUAACGGUACCCCCUGUAAAUAGCCACGUUAUUGUUAUGUUAUUUUGUUACUUAUAUAAUUUCUUUACUUUCGUUUAUUUGGUAAAUAUUUUCUUAACUCUUCUUGAACUGCACUGUUGUAAAUAAGCAUUUCACGGUAAGGUCUACACUUGUUGCAUUCGGCACGUGACAAAUAAAGUCUGAUUUGUAA